CUCGUCUGCAGCGCCGCCGCUUCCGCCGCUCGAUGCUGCGUCUGUCGUGUCCGGUCUCGGGGACGGGGCAGGGGCAGAGCGAGCGCUAUUGUAGAAGGACGGGGGGAAACGGGAAGGAAAAGGGACGUUUCGCGACGGAGAUGUGAGGCGGUGCAGGAGAACGAGACGAGAGAAAAAGAGGUAAAUGGAAAUGAAAAAAAGAGAGCGCACCCGCGAUCGGCGCCGAGCAACGGUCGUUGUGUUCGGUUUAGCGGGCACAACAAUACAGAAGACACUUGUUGAGCGGGCGCCGGGAGUCGCUCGGCACCGAGAGAGCGAGCGGCGCGUAGCAGCGACGCGUCGUCGUCGUCGGUGCGCGCCGCCGGUGGUGGCGGUCGGCCGUCGUCGUGGGCACAACGGGCGGCGGCGCCGGCGCGUGCGCGUCCCCGCGGGAUCGAUGUGCGCCCCGUACGCAGCGCCGAGUCCCGUCCGCGCCACCGAGUCCGCCGACCGCCGCCGCCGCUUCACGCCCGCGACGCCGACACCUGUUACCGCGCCCGCCCGCCCGCCAUCGGCGUCGCCGCCGCCGACGGACCGCGCGGUUUGGCGAAUCGCGUGUGCCACGCCGAGGAGAGUAUCGAUCGCGCUCUCAACCCCUGUGUGUCGGACGACUGCCGCCGCCGACGCCGCCCCGCCGCCCCGCCGCCGCCGCCGCCACCGAAGGGAUAGGGUCGUUUCCCUCUUCGCCGUCGUCGUCGUCGUCGUCGACGCCGUCCCUUCACCGCCACCGCCGCCACGUUAUUGCACAUACUCACAUUUCGCGCUCACCCCUCACACCGUGUAUAUUUAUCGACGAGGGGUGCGUUCACCCUGCGUCGUGUGCGUACAACUUUUUCGGGCCGCCGUUUCGUGCCAAAAUAUCAUACCGGCCGUGAAUGCCGUUCGAAAAACCGAAAAAAUAAUAACAAAAAUAUUGACGGUUAGCCCGACGAAAAACACUACGCACCGUUCGGCGAUCGGAUUAGCGGGGUGCCGCAGGUUGUCCCGCGUGGUUUUUCCCGAGAACCGCGGCGAUAUUCCACGCGGUUUCACGCUCGUCUACAGCGCGCAUUCGACGACAGCGCGCGAACGCGAAAAAGAACGUCGAAUUACAAAAGAAAAAAAAAAAACAUUGGCGAAAAGUUCGAAAACAGAUCGGGCUGAACAUCGUGCGUGGACGGCCGAUGUGAAUCUGUUCUGA